AUAUAAAAAUAUAGUGACCAAAGCCUUUUUGGUAUACUUUGCUUCCUCCUCCUCCUCCUCCUCCUCCUCCUCCUCCCAAGUCUUUCAAAAGUUGAGCUGAAAAGAAGGAAUUUAGAGAUUUUAGAAUGAAGGAUUGGGCUGCUCCUCUUAUAGCUGCUGCUUUGUUUGCAUUUUUGUCACCAGGGCUGGUCUUUCAAAUGCCAGGGAAGGAACGGCCUCUUGAUUUCAUGAAUAUGAAGACAAGUUUAGCUGCCAUGUUUGUUCAUUUGGUUAUCUACGGUCUGCUUCUUAUUUUGUUUCUUGUUGUUCUUCACGCCCACCUUUAUGUCUAGUCUACAUGCAGUGUUUAGUGCUCUUGUGCUCUGCUGGGAUUUUUAUAAUUACGUUGCUCUUCUCUUUUCAAUUAGCAUAUUGUUGUGCGCUAUAUAAAAUCUAAAUUUUGCUGAA